AUGACUCCGGAGAGCAACAGUAAUGGAUAUGCCGGAGAACUCACCCUCUGUGGAACAGAUCCAGCGCGCUACAAGGGUUCAAUUGCCUGGAGUCCUGUGGUCACUGAAAGCUAUUGGAUAAUCAACGCAAGUCAGGUAUAUGUGGGAAGAAUGCCGAUAAUCAAUGGAACAGCACAGGUUGCCGUUGACACCGGCAGCGGUGUGAUUACUGGACCACGUGAUGCUAUCCAGAAGAUUGUACAACUGACUGGCGCAACUUCUGAACACAACGGCGCAAUUUAUUCGGUCGAUUGUAAAAAUAUCACGCAGCUCCCACCAAUCACAUUCAAUAUUGCUUGUCGUAGUUUCGUCAUGCAGGGUCCUGACUAUGUUGUGAAGGCGGGUGCGGAUAUGUGCGUGCUUGGUUUUGCUGCAGUAGACUUUCCAUCCAAAUACGGUUUUUCCUGGAUUCUCGGUGACGUUUUCCUUCGCAAUUUCUAUUCCGUUUUCGACGUCGGAAAUAAGCGUGUCGGAUUGGCCCCAGCAGUAUAG